AUGUCGCUGCCGGACGACGGAGAAGUGGAAUUCCAGCAUGUUUAUCUCAUGGUGGAGGAGGACAUUAAGCCUGACAUCUCGAAUCUCCAGGUGGAGGAGCUCGAGGAGGAAGAAGAUAUUAAGCCUGAAAUUCUAUAUCUGCAGGACGAGGUCUGCCGACGGGAAGUCGUCGUUAAGUCUGAAAUUCCGGAUUUGCCGGACAAUCAGGAGGACCUGACGUGUAGCGUGUGCGGGAAAACCUUCCAACAGCUGGUUAAACUCCAGAGACAUUACGUCACUCAUGUCGUCAACAAGCCUUACCAGUGCCACCAGUGUGAUAAUAGUUACUUCAACAAGCGGAAUUUAAUGAAGCAUUUGCACGUCCAUACCAACGUCAAGCCUUUUGCGUGCAGUCUGUGCCCUAAGACCUACUCGGCCAAGAGCAGCCUGGACCAGCACUUCAAGAACCAUUGUGAUAAUAGCUACAUUUGCAAUGCCUGCUGCGAGGUCUUCAGCGUGCUGAAAGUCUUGGAGCGGCACGAGCGGGUUCACUUCGUGCCGGAUCCGGGCUCGGACGCGUACGUCUGUGCCGUCUGCGGCGAGUGGUUCGGGUUCAAACCCGCGCUGGAGGAGCAUUACGAGGAGCAUCCCGCCGUGCAGACUUUCCCGUGCACCACUUGCGGAGUCGAGUUUUUCUUCUACCACCGGCUCGUGAAACAUGAGUUGACCCACGACGAGAAGGAGCGGUGCUGCGUCUGCGGCUCGACCUUCCCGAAGAGGUCGGAGCUCUUCCGGCACGAGAAGACCCACACCCAGGCGCGGGUUUUCGAAGGCGGGAUCGUUUAUGCGUGUGACCUCUGCGAAGAGUCGUUCCUGAUAAAGAGCGACCUUGAAGAGCACUAUAAUGUGCACGAUCGGGAACCUGGGUUUCGCUGCGGCGUGUGCGGGAAGCGGUUCACCAUGAGCUACGUCCUCCAGAAGCACCGCUGCGACGACUCGGAGUACCGCGUCCACCGGUGCGAGCGCUGCGACAAGUUCUUCCGGCGCGGCGCCGACCUGCGCCGGCACCGGUAUGUGCACGAGGACCGCCCGCACCAGUGCCACGUGUGCCUCAAGCGCUUCGGCACCAAGUGGGCGCUGCGGCACCACUCCAAGAUCCACACGCAGGAGCGCCAGUACCGCUGCGAGUUCUGCGGGUUGUCCUUCACGCGGCGCGACAACAUGGAGCGCCACUAUGCGCGGCACAUGCCCGAGAAGCCCUUCCGCUGCAACCGCUGCCCCAAGGCCUUCACUCGAAAAGCGAACCUGAUGAUGCACGACCGGCUGCACGGGAGCGCCGGCGUGCACAAGUGCGACCACUGCGAGGACUCCUUUACAUCCAAGAUGUUGCUGUGGAAACACAGCAAGGCGGCACAUCCGCAGGUGCGGCGCCACUAUGCGUGCGACCUGUGCUUCAAGACGUUCACCAUGAAGCACUCGUACGAGCGGCACUACAAGCUGCAUACCGGCGAGCGGCCCUACAAGUGCGAGUUCUGCGAGAAGGAGUACAUCCAGAAGAAGAACCUGCUGCAGCACCACUUCUAUCACCACGUGGGCAGGGAGCGGCCCGGCACGGGUGACGACGUCGAGGACGCCUUGAACGAUGAAACCUUGAAUGACGACACCUUGAUGAUGACACCUUGA